AUGAAAGGACAUCAAUUCAAAUCCUGGAUUUUCGAAUUGAGAGAGAUAUUGAGAGAAAUCAAGAAUUCUCGCUAUUUCUUAGAUUCAUGGACCCAAUUCAAUUCAGCGGGAUUUUUCAUUCAUAUUUUUUUCCAUCAAGAGAGUUUUAUAAAACUCUUGGACUCCCGAAUUUGGAGUAUCCUAUUUUCACGCAAUUCACAGGGUUCAACAAGCAAUCGAUAUUUCACGAUCAAGUAUGUAGUAUUUUUUGUAGUAGUGGUCCUUAUAUAUCGUAUUAACAAUCGAAAAAUGGUCGAAAGACAAAAUCUCUAUUUGACAGGGAUUCUUCCUAUACCUAUGAAUUUCAUUGGACCAAAAAAUGAUACAUUGGAAGAAUCAUCUGAGUCUUCCAAUAUCAAUAGGUUGAUUGUUCCGCUCCUGUAUCUUCCAAAAGGAAAAAAGAUCUCUGAGAGCUCUUUCCUGGAUCCGAAAGAGAGUACUCGGGUUUUCCCAAUAACUACAAAGUAUAUCAUGCCUGAAUCUAACUGGGGUUCGCGGUGGUGGAGGAACUGGAUAGGAAAAAAGAGGGAUUCUAGUUGUAAGAUAUCUAAUGAAACCGUCGCUGGAAUUGAGAUCUCAUUCAAAGAGAAAGAUAUCAAAUAUCUGGAGUUCCUUUUUGUAUAUUAUAUGGAUAUGGAUGAUUCGAUCCGUAAGGACCAUGAUUGGGAAUUUUUGGAUCGUCUUUCUCCGAGAAAGAGGCGAAACAUAAUCAACUUGAAUUCGGGACAGCUAUUCGAAAUCUUAGUGAAAGACUGGAUUUAUUAUCUCAUGUUUGCUUUUCGUGAAAAAAUACCAAUGGAAGUGGAGGGUUUCUUCAAACAACAAGGAGCUGGGUCAAUUAUUCAAUCAAAUGAUAUUGAGCAUGUUUCCCAUCUCUUCUUGAGAAACAAGCGGGCUAUUUCUUUGCAAAAUUGUGCUCAAUUUCAUAUGUGGCAAUUCCGUCAAGAUCUCUUCGUUAGUUGGGGGAAGAAUCCGCACGAAUCGGAUUUUUUGAGGAAUAUGUCAAGGGAGAAUUGGAUUUGGUUAGACAAUGUGUGGUUGGUAAACAAGGAUCGGUUUUUUAGCAAGGUACGGAAUGUAUCAUCCAAUAUUCAAUAUGAUUCCACGAGAUCUAGUUUCAUUCAAGUAACGGAUUCUAGCCAAUUGAAAGGAUCUUCUGAUCAAUCCAAGGAUCAUUUCGAUUCCAUUAGGAAUGAGGAUUCGAAAUAUCACACAUUGAUCAAUCAAAGAGAAAUUCAACAACUAAAAGAAAGAUCGAUUCUUUGUCGGGAUCCUUCCUUUCUUCAAACGGAACGAACAGAGAUAGAAUCAGAGCGAUUCCCUAAAAUCCUUUCUGGAUAUUCCUCAAUGUGCCGACUAUUCAUGGAACGUGAGAAGCAGAUGAAUAAUCAUCUGCUUCCGGAAGAAAUCGAAGAAUUUCUUGGGAAUCCUGCAAGAGCCACUCGUUCUUUUUUCUCUGACAGAUGGUCAGAACUUCAUCUGGGUUCGAAUCCUACUGAGAGGUCUACUAGAGAUCAGAAAUUGCUGAAGAAAGAACAAAAGAAACAUCUUGUUCUUUCCAGGCGAUCGGAAAAUAAAGAAAUAGUGAAUUUAUUCAAGAUAAUUAUGUACUUACAAAAUACCGUCUCAAUUCAUCCUAUUUCAUCAUAUCCGGGAUGUGAUAUGGUUCCGAAGGAUGAACUGGACAGUUCCAAUAAGAUUUCAUUCUUGAACAAAAAUCCAUUUUGGAGUUUAUUUCAUCUAUUCCAUGACCGGAACAGGGGGGGAUACACGUUACACCACGAUUUUGAAUCAGAAGAGAUAUUUCAAGAAAUGGUAGAUCUAUUCACUCUAUCAAUAACCGAGCCGGAUCUGGUGUAUCAUAAGGGAUUUGCUUUUUCUAUUGAUUCCUCCGGAUUGGAUCAAAAACAUUUCUUGAAUGAGUUAUUCAACUCCAGGGAUGAAUCGAAAAAUCACUCUUUAUUGGUUCUACCUCCUCUUUUUUAUGAAGAGAAUGAAUCUUUUUAUCGAAGGAUCAUAAAAAAAUGGGUCCAGACCUCUUGCGGGAAUAAUUUGGAAGAUCCAAAACCUAAAAUAGUGGUAUUUGCUAGCAACAACAUAAUGGAGGCAGUCAAUCAAUAUAGAUUGAUCCGAAAUCUGAUUCAAAUCCAAUAUAGCACCCACGGUUACAUAAGAAAUGUAUUGAAUCGAUUCAUUAAAAAGAAUCGAUUCAAUCGCAACUUCGAAUAUGGAAUUCAAAGGUAUCAAAUAGGAAAUGAUACUCUGAAUCAUAGAACUAUAAUGAAAUACACGAUCAACCAACAUUUAUCAAAUUUGAAAAAGAGUCAGAAGAAAUGGUUCGAUCCUCUUAUUUGGAUUUCUCGAACGGAGAGAUCCAUGAAUCGGGAUCCUAGUGCAUAUAGAUACAAAUGGUCCAAUGGGAGCAAUAAUUUCCAGGAACAUUUGGACUAUUUCAUUUCUGAGCAGAAUAGCCGUUUUCAAGUAGUGUUUGAUCGAUUGCAUAUUAAUCAAUAUUCGAUUGAUUGGUCCGAGGUUAUCGACAAAAAAGAUUUGUCUAAGUCACUUUUUUUCUUUUUGUCCAAGUUUCUUCUUUUUUUGUCCAAGUUUCUUCUCUUUUUGUCUAACUCACUUCCUUUUUUCUUUGUGAGUUUCGGGGGUAUCCCCAUUCAUAGGUCCGAGAUCCACAUCUAUGAAUUGAAAGGUCCGAAUGAUCCACUCUAUAAUCAGUUAUUAGAAUCAAUAGGUCUUCAAAUCUUUCAUUUGAAAAAAUGGAAACCCUUAUUAUUGGAUGACCAAGAUACUUCCCAAAAAUCCAAAUUCUUGAUCCAUGGAGGAACAAUAUCACCAUUUUUGUUCAAUAAGAUACAAGAGUGGAUGAUUGACUCAUUCCAUACUAGAAAGAAUCGCAGGAAAUCUUUUGAUAACACAGAUUCCUAUUUAUCAAUGAUAUCCCACGAUCCAGACAAUUGGCUGAAUCCCGUGAAACCUUUUCAUAGGAGUUCAUUGAUAUACUCUUUUUAUAAAGCAAAUCGACUUCGAUUCUUGAAUAAUCAAUAUCACUUCUGCUUCUAUUGUAACAAAAGAUUCCCUUUUUAUGUGGAAAAGGCCUGUAUCAAUAAUUAUGAUUUUACGUAUAGACAAUUCCUCAAUAUCUUGUUCAUUCGCAACAAAAUAUUUUCUUUUUGCGAUGGUCAAAAAAAACAUGCUUUUUGGGAGAGAGAUACUAUUUCACCAAUCGAGUCACAGGUAUCUAACAUAUUGAUACCUAACGAUUUUCCGCAAAGUGGCGACGAAGGGUAUAACUUGUACAAAUCUUUCCAUUUUCCAAUUCGAUACGAUCCAUUCGUUCGUGGAGCUAUUUACUCGAUCGCAGACAUUUCUGGAACACCUCUAACAGAGGGACAAAUAGACCAUUUUGAAAGAACUUAUUGUCAACCUCUUUCAGAUAUGAAUCUACCUGAUUCAGAAGCGAAGAACUUGCAUCAGUAUCUCAAUUUCCAUUCAAACAUGGGUUUGAUUCAUACUCCAUGUUCUGAGAAAUAUUUACCAUCCGAAAAAAGGAAAAAACGGAGUCCUUGUCUAAAAAAAUGUCUUGAGAAAGGGCAGAUGUAUAGAACCUUUCAACAGGAUAGUGCUUUUUCAACUCUCUCAAAAUGGAAUCUAUUCCAAACAUAUAUACCAUGGUUCCUUACCUCAACAGGGUACAAAUAUCUAAAUUUCAUAUUUUUAAAUACUUUUUCAGACCUAUUGCCGAUACUAAGUAGCAGCCAAAAAUUUGUAUCCAUUUUUCAUGAUAUUAUGCAUGGGUCAGAUAUAUUAUGGCGAAUUCGUCAGAUUCCAUUGUGGAAGACACAAUGGAAUCUGAUAAGUGAGAUAUGGAAUCUGAUAAGUGAGAUAUGGAAUCUGAUAAGUGAGAUUCCGAGUAAUUUUUUACAUAAUCUUCUUCUGUCCGAAGAAAUUAUUCAUCGAAAUAAUGAGUUACUAUUGAUAUCGACACAUCUGAGAUCGCUAAAUGUUCAGGAGUUCCUCUAUUCAAUCCUUUUCCUUCUUCUUGUUGCUGGAUAUCUCGUUCGUACACAUCUUCUCUUUGUUUCUCGAGUCUACCAUGAGUUACAGACAGAGUUCGAAAAGGUAAAAUCUUUGAUGAUUCCAUCAUAUAUGAUUGAGUUGCGAAAACUUCUGGAUAGGUAUCCUACAUCUGAACUGAAUUCUUUCUGGUUAAAGAAUCUCUUUCUAGUUGCUCGGGAACAAUUAGGAGAUUCUCUAGAAGAAAUACGGAGUUUUUCUUUUGGUGGAAACAUGCUAUGGGGUGGUGGUCCCGCUUAUGGGGUCAAAUCAAUACGUUCUAAGAAGAAAUAUUUGAAUCUCAUCGAUCUCAUAAGUAUCAUACCAAAUCCCAUCAAUCGAAUCGCUUUUUCGAGAAAUACGAGACAUGUAAGUCAUACAAGUAAAGCAAUCUAUUCCUUGAUAAGAAAAAUAAAAAACGUGAAUGGUGAUUGGAUUGAUGAUAAAAUAGAAUCCUGGGUCUCGAACAGUGAUUCUAUUGAUGAUAAAGAAAGAGAAUUCUUGGUUCAGUUUUCUACCUUAACAACAGAAAAAAGGAUUGAUCAAAUUCUAUUGAGUCUGACUCAUAGUGAUCAUUUAUCAAAGAAUAACUCUGGUUAUCAAAUGAUUGAACAACCAGGAGCAAUUUACUUACGAUACUUAGUUGACAUUCAUAAAAAGUAUCUAAUGAUUUAUGAGUUAAAUACAUCCUGUUUAGCAGAAAGACGGAUAUUCCUUGCUAAUUAUCAGACAAUUACUUAUUCACAAACCCUGUGGGGGGCUAACAGUUUUCAUUUCCCAUCUCAUGUAAAACCCUUUUCGCUCCGCUUAUCCCUACCCCCCCCUAGGGGUAUUUUAGUGAUAGGUUCUAUAGGAACUGGACGAUCCUAUUUGGUCAAAUACCUAGCGACAAACUCCUAUGUUCCUUUCAUUACAAUUUUUCUGAACAAGUUCCUGGAUAACAAGCCUAAGGGUUUUCUUAUUGAUGAUAGUGAUGAUAGUGACGAUAGUGACGAUAUUGAUGAUAGUGACGAUAUCGACCGUGACCUUGAUAUGGAGCUGGAGCUUCUAACUAUGAUGAAUACGCUAACUAUGGAUAUGAUGCCAGAAAUAGACCGAUUUUAUAUCACCUUUCAAUUCGAAUUAGCAAAAGCAAUGUCUCCUUGCAUAAUAUGGAUUCCAAACAUUCAUGAUCUGGAUGUGAAUGAGUCGAAUUACUUAUCCCUCGGUCUUUUAGUGAACUAUCUCUCAAGGGAUUGUGAAAGAUGUUCCACUAGAAAUAUUCUUGUUAUUGCUUCGACUCAUAUUCCCCAAAAAGUAGAUCCAGCUCUAAUAGCUCCGAAUAAAUUAAAUACAUGCAUUAAGAUACGAAGGCUUCUUAUUCCACAACAACGAAAACACUUUUUCACUCUUUCAUAUACUAGGGGAUUUCACUUGGAAAAGAAAAUGUUCCAUACUAAUGGGUUCGGGUCCACAACAAUGGGUUCAAAUGUACGAGAUCUUGUAGCACUUACCAAUGAGGCCCUAUCGAUUAGUAUUAUACAAAAAAAAUCCAUUAUAGACACUAAUAUAAUUAGAUCCGUUCUUCAUAGACAAACUUGGGAUUUGCGAUCUCAGGUAAGAUCGGUUCAGGAUCAUGGGAUCCUUUUCUAUCAGAUAGGAAGGGCUGUUUCAAAAAAUGUACUUCUAAGUAAUUGCUCCAUAGAUCCUAUAUCUAUCUAUAUGAAGAAGAAAUCAUGUAACGGGGGGGAUUCUUAUUUGUACAAAUGGUACUUCGAACUUGGAACGAGUAUGAAGAAAUUAACGAUACUUCUUUAUCUUUUGAGUUGUUCUGCCGGAUCGGUCGCUCAAGAUCUUUGGUCUCUACCCGGACCUGAUGAAAAAAAUGGGAUCACGUCUUAUGGACUCGUUGAGAAUAAUUCUGAUCUAGUUCAUGGCCUAUUAGAAGUAGAAGGCGCUCUGGUGGGAUCCUCACGGACAGAAAAAGAUUGCAGUCAGUUUGAUAAUGAUCGAGUGACAUUGCUUCUUCGGUCCGAACCAAGGAAUCCCUUAAAUAUGAUUCAAAAUGGAUCUUAUUCUAUCGUUGAUCAGAGAUUUCUCUAUGAAAAAUAUGAAUCGGAGUUUGAAGAAGGGGGGGGAGUCCUCGACCCGCAACAGAUAGAGGAGGAUUUUUUCAAUCACAUCGUUUGGGCUCCUAGAAUAUGGCGCCCCUGGGGCUUUCUAUUUGAUUGUAUCGAAAGGCCCAAUUCAUUGGGAUUUCCCUAUUGGGCCAGGUCAUUUCGGGGCAAGCGGAUCAUUUAUGAUGAAGAGGAUGAGCUUCAAGAGAAUGAUUCAGAGUUCUUGCAGGGUGGAACCGUGCAGUACCAGACACGAGAUAGAUCUUCCAAAGAACAAGGCUUUUUUCAAAUAAGCCAAUUCAUUUGGGAUCCUGCGGAUCCACUCUUUUUCCUAUUCAAAGAUCAGCCUCUUGUCUCUGUAUUUUCACAUCGACAAUUCUUUACAGAUGAAGAGAUGUCAAGGGAACUUCUUACUUCCCAAACAGAUCUUCCUACAUCUAUAUAUAAACACUGGUUUAUCAAGAAUACGCAAGAAAAGCAUUUAGAAUUGUUGAUUCAUUGCCAGAGAUGGCUUAGAACCAAUAGUUCAUUAUCUAAUGGAUUUUUCCGUUCUAAUACUCUAUCUGAGAGUUAUCAAUAUUUAUCAAAUCUGUUCCUAUCUAACGAAACGUUAUUGGAUCAAAUGACAAAGAUAUUGUUGAGAAAAAGAUGGCUUUUCCCAGAUGAGAUGGUUGUUGUUAUCUGCUCCAAUAACGAAUCAUUGGUUUAA